UUGCCAUUCUGUUAAUAACCAAAUUCUUACCAAUUUAACCAAAUAAACAGCAAAAUACGUUUUAAAAUAUUAUUAUUUAGUGAAAUAACUGGUUAGUACUUUCAAAGUUUUUGUCGACAUUUUAUUAUAACCAAUUUUCAAGUAUUGAUACAUUCUUUGAUUGCGUCAUGUAAACGUAUAGUUAUAUGUUAUAGCUUCGAUUAUCUCGAAAUUCACUGUGAUUCGUAAUUUAGGAGCUUUGUUCACCCAAAUAUUGGUAAAAAUCGUUAUGGAUGGUACAUAACAGAAAUCCAAAAUGGAUGGUGAAGGUGAAGAUUUCAACCUCCACUGGGAGGAGGAGGAGGUGGAGUCUAAGCACAUCCCAGGUGUGGUGGGCUCAGAAGUCAUCUGUGGCUUAGAUAAUGUGCAAGCUGGUUCUUACUCCAACAUGAGUUCAGAAGUAAUUAUACAAGACACAGAUCAGAUAGCAGCGGAGAACCUAAUGUUCUUGUCUCAGGAUGUAGUCAGUUACGUGGAUGCUGGCGAGUUGGCAGUAGACCCCAGUGUGGAGUGUGUUACGGAGGAGGUCAUCACGGAUGACUGGACUGAGGGGCAGGACAGUUUGUAUAAUUUCAGAGUGGAGGUACCGUUAGAGCACUUCGCGAACCCGGUGUUGGACAUAAAAGAGGAAAAUGACCUUGAUGUGCCACUUCCCACGGAUCAGGACCAAUACACAGCCAUGCGUCCCUGGCCAUGCGACUUCUGUUCCCGACGGUUCCGCAAGAAAGCCGCCCUGAUGAACCACAUGGUAGCUCACCAGAACGACCGACCCCACGCCUGCAAUCUGUGCGGAGUGCGAUAUGUACGCAAGCGCGAUCUGAUGAACCACCUGAAAGUUCACGCUAUGGUGCCUGAGAAUGCUGAUCCUAUUGAUUUUGAGGAAGUUUUAGAUAACAGUCAAGUAAUAAAACCAAAGAAAAAGCGCGGGAGACGAAAAAAGAUUCCCGAGCCAGAGCCUGAAGAAGAAAACGGGGACGUAUGGGAGAACAUGACCUCAGCGCGUACCAUGCAAUGGUCCCGCCGAGCGCGCUCCCCGGCCAGGCCCCCGCGCUCCCCGCCGCCGCUGCCGCCGCCGUCGCCGCCGUCGGAGCCUGAACCCUGCCCGCCACCAGCCGACCCGAGCCGACCUUUUGUGUGCAGGCACUGUGGGGUCGGCUUCGCUAGGGAAAAGGCGCUGCAGUCACAUUCGAGGAUACACGGAGGAGACUCACCGAUAGAAUGCGGCACGUGCGGCGAACUCUGCUGGUCGCGCGAAGCGCUGGCGACACACACGCGGCAGCGGCACCCGCACCAGCCACCACAGCAGCCGGCACGGGAGCCCUACGACUCCAACUCCGGUGACGACGACAUGGAAUACCAGCUGUCGCCUCUAGCAGACAGCGGGAGCGAGCGAGCAGUAUACGACACUCAGCGAGGCCCCGAACUGUUCUGCCAAGACUGUGGCGUCGCCUUCCAGCGAGCCGACUUACUGCGUCGACAUCAGGCGGCCGCUCACAGUCACAAACGGCACGACAGUUCAUCGUCGACGUGGGCGGAGCACUCGUGCGACGUCUGCGGUGAGACAUGCGCCGACGCGCUUCAACUUCUCGCGCACGCGGAGCGCCACGCCGACCGGCCCGCGCCCUCCAGAUUCAAGAAGAUGUCACGAGGAAGAAAUAAUACAUCUUCAAGUGGAUCGCGGCAAUUCCCCUGCAGAGAGUGCGGCAAAGUAUUCGGCUCGCGCAGUUCUCAACAAAUACACAUCCGGAUACAUACCGGCGAGCGACCAUACGCGUGCCGGUUUUGCUGGAAGGCCUUCGCUGAUGGCGGGACGCUGAGGAAACACGAGCGUAUACACACGGGCGAGAAGCCGUACGCAUGCGCGGUGUGCCCGCGCGCGUUCAACCAGCGCGUGGUGCUGCGCGAACACGUGCGCAGCCACCACUCCGCGCCCGACCGCAGAAAUAACGGAGGUCCUACGUACUGCUGUGUGGUUUGCGGUCGCACGCUACACACUAGUUCCGAGUUGGUUCAGCAUCUUAUUCAACAUUGCGACGCUAAUACUGCACUCAAGCGACAGCCUCAGACCGGCCCCCGAAAGUACAAGCGGCGGCGGAAAAUGAAGUCCUCGCUGUCCCCGCGUCACUCCUGGGAGCGAGAGCGAGAGCGCGGCUCCCCGUCCCCCUCCCCCGCGCGCUCCCCCUCCCCGCCCGCGCCCGCCUCCCCGCCGCGCCGCCGCCGCCGCGCGCCGCCGCCGCGCCCCAAGAUGAUACACACCGAGCCCGCGCGACCCAAGCCCAGACAGACGCGAGGGCGGCGGCCGCCGCGGCACCCGGCCGACGACCUGCGCGCCAUCGCGCCGCGCUCCCCCUCCCCCGCCGCCUCCCCCUCCGCGCCCUCCUCCCCGCUGGCCGAGCCGCAGGAGGGCGGGCCCUUCAAGUGCGAGAUGUGCGCCGAGGAGUUCCCGCGCCGAGAUGCUUUGUUACUCCACGUGCCGGUGCACAUAUGACGGAGUCGGCCGAAGCGGCGGCGCCCGCGCGGGAAGAGAGCCUGAGCUGUGAGUCUCGGAAAUGUGUAUAGUGUAGCGUACUACUAUGAUUGAUAUAGCGUCCUCUUUCAGAUAUCGAUAGAAGAAAAAACUGUACUAACAGCAACACUCUUAGCUAACCAUCGUCAAACGACGUCUAGCGUUUAUGCCCUUGUAAUAAGAAUUACAAAUGUACAGCUAACAGUGUUGCUAAUGCAUCGUACCACCAUUAGUUAUGGCGAUCGAGAAGUUUCCGUAGCGACCUUACGGGUGGUAGGAACCUGUAUAAUAUUCGCCCAAAAAUCGGAUGUGACUAGUUAGCCAAGUGUCAUAGAACUUACUAAAAGUCUAUUUUUUCCUUGUAAAUGCUCACCGAGGUAGAUUUGCCGAUACUUAGUAAACCUCCCUCCAUCCUAUAAUGAACUCAAGUCGAAGACUGAUAUCGCUUCGCAAUAAUUUAGCGAUUAUACCUUAAAGUAGCUAUACAUGUUUGUAGUUAGAUUGCCUUUUUGCGUGUCAAAUAAAAUGGCCUUAGAAUCAAAUCUUGUCAACCCAAUUAUAACCGUAUUCUAGUUACAUUCGUCUUUCCUACGAAAAAGGGCUCGUUUUGCAGGAAGCAAAGCAUUACAUAACAGAAGUGCCUAUCACACAAUUGAUCCUUUUUUCGUAAGAUCGACCAAAAUAGCCAUUUAAUGAAUGUAAACCCGAAAUAAGUAAAUAUAUUUCAGCCGCGAUCGAUCGGUUACAGUAAUUAAGGGUUAUAACAAUAGUUGAAAAUUAGAUGUAAAUGAUGCACGAAUAUUCUGAAUAAGUAGUUAAAAAGGUAAUGUGAACAUAUAUUUUCUAUCUCUCUUGCAUUUUGAAAUCUGCCUAAAUUACUGUCAGUCUUAUGGAAAAAUAGUAAUUAUAAGUCAGUGUCAAUUCAAUUAAUGUAAAAUAAAUAGCAGAAAUGAAGUGAAUUUCCUUUAUUUCCAGAAUUAAUGUAAUAGUCACAGAAACGUGACCGUCUUUUACAAAUUGUAAGAUAUUUUGAUGAAAGCUGGGCUUACUGUGUGACAUAUCUAUAAGCAAAUUAAAUAUUAAUAUGUACUAGAAAAUAUUCAUAUUGGGCCACAAAAUUACAAUAUUAAUAUGGUUGCUGUCUAGUAAUAUGUUGUUUAUCUUAAUACCUAUAUAAUUUUGUUUACGGAUAUCCAUUUGGUCAGCCAAAAAUAUAGUACUCUCUGGUACCACAAAUUUUUGUAUGUUCAUUGUUACGACAUGAUUAUUUAGUCUUUAAUAGACCAUGAUAGACAAAUGUGGGUGCAACAGGCACCCUAGAGGGAAAUCUACCAUAUAUAAUGCAAUAAAAGGCACUUAUUCAUUAUCAAAAUGUGUUCACCAAGAGUAAAUGGUAUUGGUUUACUCAGACACGACUAAACAUGAAGACUGUCGAAUUUCAUGUAAAGCUGAGUUUAGACGUGCAAGUUAUUGCUGCAAGUUUUGAGACAGAAGAAUAUGCAAGAAAGAGAUGCAGAUAUUUGCCACUCACUCUUACCUAUAGUUGCGUCUCAAAACUUGCUGGUAUAAACUCAGCUUAAGAUAGUGUUUCACAAGACAAUAUCUCAGUUCUCAGGUUCGUAACUAUCUGUUUUCAGAAGACACUGGCAGUCUUAACAAUGUACUAGUACAUUAUAGAAGUAACUGAAUGUAAGUGCCUAUCGCCUAAUGGUAUUGGGGUUGGGUAAUCCCUAUGACUCUUGGGAGCUAUUUUAUAAAUGCCUGAAAAUGAUUUAAUAAAAACCAAAAGACUUCUGCGUAUGUUACAGGCAUUUAUAAAAUAAUCCCAAUCUUUAUGAUAUUAAAUUGUAUGAGUGUUUGUGAAUCUGUUAAUCGUUGUGUAGUGCGUGAUUCUAGCCUUUUCUAUCUAAUUGUAAGGUAUGAAAUAUGAAUCAAUACAUAUACCUACAGUUACAGUUGUUUCCGAAUGUUAGUUGGUAGAAUGUGACAUAACUCAGCCAAAAUAUGAUAAAAUAAGUCUUGUUAGAACUCUCCCUUACAUCCUUUCAAUGUGUUGUGUCCAACCAAAAGGACCAUUAGUAGGAGGUCGUAAAAACACAGUAUAAGACCAGGGGCCUAUUUCUCAAAAGUGAACUUACUUGUAACUUUAGUUUUGAGAAAUGGCCCCCAGUACUUAGUAACGUACCAGUACUUCUAAGAAACGCAGUUAAACGUACGCCGCGCGGUAUGUAUGUAUGCGCGCCGUGUACGUACGCAACACACGCAAGCGGAUGACAAUGAUUCAUUUCAUUCAUUCUUGUUCAUUCUCAUCCGCUUAUUACUUACUGGACUGUGGUAGAAGUCUAUAUCGAUACCUGUCAAUGCUCCUU